GAGGCAAUUCGAAGGUCACCUGGCAUCUGGGGGUAUAUAUAAUGGAGCAGAGAUGUAGUUGAUCAUCACCAACAUGAAGGUCUUGGUGCUCUGUGCUCUAGUGGCAGCUGCCGCUGCUUGGCCCAAUUAUGGCUUUCUCAACGACCCUGGUAGAAGUGAGCCAUCUGACGCCCAAAAACAACAUGAUGUGAAUUAUCUGUUGUAUAAGGUAUAUGAAAAUAUUCGUGAUGAAAAACUGAAGAGUAUCGGCGUGACCUUCGACCCUGAAGCUGACACAUCACACUAUACUGACAAUGGAGAAGCUGUUCACAAGCUCGUGAAGGAACUGAAGGACAACAGGCUGCUCCAACAGAAACACUGGUUCUCCCUCUUCAAUACACGACAGCGUGAAGAAGCACUUCUGCUCUAUGAUGUUUUCGAACACAGCAAAGACUGGAAAACUUUUGUCAGCAAUGCUGCAUAUUUCAGAAAUCGUGUUAAUGAAGGAGAAUUUGUUUAUGCUUUGUAUGCAGCAGUCGUCCACUCUCCACUCACUAAACACGUUGUACUUCCACCACUUUACGAGGUCACCCCACAUUUGUUCACAAAUAGUGAAGUUAUCCAGAAAGCCUACCAUGCCAAAAUGACUCAAACACCUGGUAAAUUCAGAUCUUACUUUACUGGCAGCAAAAGAAACAAAGAGCAACGUGUAGCAUACUUCGGCGAAGAUGUUGGGCUGAAUACCCACCAUGUUACUUGGCACUUGGAGUUCCCAUUCUGGUGGGAAGACAAACAUGAAGGAUAUCACCUGGAUCGUAAAGGUGAAAACUUCUUCUGGGUACAUCACCAGCUCACUGUUCGUUUCGAUGCUGAACGCCUGUCAAACUAUCUGGAUCCUGUGGACGAACUUCACUGGGAAGAGACCAUCGAGGAAGGCUUUGCUCCUCAUACAACUUACAAGUAUGGAGGUGAAUUCCCAUCUCGUCCUGAUAAUAUUGACUUUGAAGAUGUCGAGGGUGUUGCUUGUAUUCGAGAUUUAAUCAUUCUUGAGAACCGUGUUCGUGAUGCCAUUGCCCAUGGAUAUGUUACUGCCAGAGAUGGAUCCAAAGUCGAUAUAAAUAACUCGCAUGGAAUUGAUGUCCUGGGUGACAUCAUUGAAUCUUCUCCUUACAGCCCUAACGUUGAGUACUAUGGUUCUCUCCACAACACAGCUCAUAUAGUGCUUGGUCGCCAGGGAGAUCCGCAUGGAAAAUAUGACUUACCUCCUGGAGUACUGGAACACUUUGAAACUUCCACACGCGACCCAGCAUUCUUCAGAUUACAUAAAUACAUGGAUAACAUCUUCAGGGAACAUAAGGACAGUCUCACUCCCUACACUAAGGAAGAGUUAGAGUUCAGUGGGGUUGCUAUUGAUGGUGUUUCAAUUGAUGGCCCUCUAGAAACGUUCUUUGAGGAUUUCGAAUACAGCUUAGUCAAUGCCGUAGAUGACACACCUCAAGUUCCAGAUGUGGAUAUUUCUACUAUUGUGUCACGUCUAAACCAUAAAGAAUUUUCAUUCAAAAUUGACGUUACCAAUAAUAAUGAUCACGAAGUAUUGACAACCGUCCGUAUCUUAGCAUGGCCACACCGUGACAACAAUGGUAUUAAAUACCCAUUCAACGAGGGACGCUGGAGAGCCAUCGAACUGGACAGAUUCUGGAGAAAACUGAGUCCUGGUGUGAAUCACAUCGUGCGCAAGUCUACAGAGUCAGCAGUGACUGUCCCUGACGUGCCCAGUUUCCAGUCACUGAUAGAGCAAACUGAGGCUGCACUCUCGGCUGGUAGUAGCGAAGUCGACAUUCAAGAUUAUGUGAGUGCACUUGGAGUGCCCAACAGGUUCUUGAUCCCCAAGGGUAACUCAGAAGGUCUGGAGUUCGACCUGGUGGUGGCUGUGACUGACGGUAAGGCUGACGCUGCUGUUGAAGAUCUACAUGUAAAGACUGUUUUCAACCACUAUGGCUACCACGGAGUGUAUCCCGACAACCGACCACACGGUUAUCCCCUGGAUCGUCGUGUUGAUGAUAAACGCAUCUUCAACGACCUUCCCAACUUUGCACAAAUUGUUGUGAAGGUCUUCCAUCAUUAAGGUUCCCGGAAACAACGACCUUGAUCAAUGGUACUCAACAAAAAAUAUGAAAACAAAAAGUAAAAGCUGUUCAUUUGUCUUAAAUAAUAUACAUUAAUCUUCUUUAGCUAUUUUGUUUAUUCCUAAUUGUCAGCAUAAUUUUGUGGAAAAAUACUCUUUUCACUAAUAAAAUCAAGAGUAUCAUAUACAGUUAUUGUAUAAGUAGUUAGCGCUUAACAUAGUUAUUUACCUUUCACUUGUACAGAUUAAUCAAAUGAGUUUUUCUGGUUGAGGAAUAAUGAAGAUGGGAUGAUUUUUUUAUAGAUAUAACUCUCAAAUAUUUUAUCAAAUCAGUGUAAGUUUUUUCCUAUUUAAUUUGUUUAUAUAAUAUUUUGAGACUGAAUUAUUACACAAGUCAGAAAGGCAACAUUUUGUGACGUUCUAUAAGUGCAGCAAUUAAUAACUUUUCAUCAAAUUCAAAUAUAUAUAGCAAACAAAAGUGAGACUCCCUUUUCUUAAUAUUCUGAUCAGCUGGAUCAUUGCAAGAGAAGGUGGUGCUUUGAUGCUGGUGAAGAACUUUUAAUUCAGGAUGUAUAAUUAUUUCCCCCCCCCCUUUCCUUGGAUCAAGCCACAAUGCACUUCUUUCACCAAACACUGUAUAACACCCAGUGAUAAUAAUUAUAAAAACAAAAGAAUAUAAUAAUUAUGGAAACUUCAGGACGUGUUUCCUUAAGUCACCUGCUAUCCCUGGUCACCUAUCAGUAAAUUAGGACAUGGGCAUUAGUUCAUUGGUGUGGGUCGCAUCCUGGGACAAAAUUUACCGAAAUAUUCUGUAUAACAAGGGCUUUCUAUAUAGCAGUAUGUGAUUGAUGUCAGCUAGGCCUGUAUAACUUGUAGAUGUGCUUGCAAAAAUAAAGAUUAUAAUUAAUA